UGUCUCAAACAGUUUCUAAACCAUCUACUAUUCACCUGCCCAUCUCCUCUUCCCAUCACACCUUCCUUCCUCUUCCAGACCUCUAAGAUGAUCCGAGUUCACAACACCCAGUACUCCCUCUUCCUGCGCCAGGCAGAUGUCCUGCGUCGCUCGGGGACGCUGUGUGACGCUGUCAUCUCAGUGGAGAGCCAGGUGUUCAGGGCCCAUCGGCUGGUGCUGGCCUGCGCUAGCAAAACCCUGGAGCAUCAGCUCACCCUGCAGGCUGCAUACUCAGACCAGCCUGAUCGCCUCGACCAACCUUACCACUGUAGUCUGGAGCUCCUCUCUCCACACACCUUCCAGCAGGUCCUGGACUUUGCAUACACCGAGACCCUGGAGGUCCCUGUGGAUGAUCUGCCCCAGCUUCUGAGGGCCGCCAAGCUCCUGGAGAUGCAUUCCCUGGAGGAGCAGUGUCGCAGCCAGCUGAAGAGAAAUCUGGGGUGCCUGACGAGAGAGAGAAGAGAGUUGAGAGAAAUAAGAGUGAGAGGAACAAAAGAAACUAGAGAAAUGACAGAAACGAGAGAACUUCAGAUAACAGAGGAGAGAGAUGAGAAAGAAUCCCUGAAAGGAAGUCCCAUUCCAGAAGAGGGGGAUCCCCAGACAAUUCCCUCCGUUGAUCUGGAGCCCCAGAGCAGCCCAUUCACUGAGGACCCCACUCUUCCUGACACUAGGGAUAACUCCUCUGGUUCAUCACCCCCACAGAGAAAAAGGCCAAAGCCACUCACACCCACACUAGUGACCACCACACCGCCUCCAUCCAGAGACAGUGUCAUCGCCACCACUGCUGCCACCAUCCAACCCCCUCCCCCUCCUCCCCCAGCGUCGAGGGUCAUGUGGCACCAAGUCAACACCCUGAGGAAGAUGGCCUUGAACUAUAACGACAUCCUAGCAGCCAGUUCCUCUUCCCUUCACCCCUCACAGCACCUGGUGACAUACCCCUUCCACCUCUCCACUCCUCACAUGUACCCCCUGCUGACGUCCUCCAUCCCGCCCCAGGUCCACAGCGCCGUCCUGGGCUACCCGGGUAUCCUGCAUCCAUACCACCACCCCCUGCUCUCUGGGUCUCGGGAGCUGGGGGACAUCCUGACGCAAGGUUUACUGGGAAAAAGAGACCCGAUGGAUAAAGUGUUGAUAGGUGGAGCACCAGGGGAAGGGCAAAGAUACUCCCAGGAGCGUCCAGGAAGAACCCAGGACUGUCAGCACUGCAGCAAGGUCCUCCUGGGCAGCUCAUGGCUGCAGGCCUCAACCACCAACCCCUCAGGCUCAGGUGAGACUUCUCUGGCGUGUAAGUACUGUGAUCGUGGCUUCAGGGUGGAACGGUCACUGCCGUCCCACCGGCGAGAUCAGGGAGGAGAGAAGCCCUACCAGUGUAAACGGUGCUCCAAGAGGUUCAGCCUCAAACACCAACUGGAUACACACCACCGGGUACACACAGGAGAGAAGCCGUUUGAGUGCCGUCUGUGUGGCCAGCGGUCAAGGGACUACUCAGCCAUGAUCAAGCACCUGCGGACCCACGGCGGGGCCACACCCUACCAGUGUACUGCCUGCCUGGAGUUCUGUAGCAGCCUGGCUGCCAUGCAGAAACACCUGAAGAACCACCCGCUGCAGGACUUCCCCCCAGACUGGACCAUCAGCAGCACAUACCUGUACACAUGCCAUACCUGAGCUAGCUUGAAGGCAAAUGUAAUGUCAACAGAGAAUCAUUUUACUACCAAACAACUACAUCUCAGGGAAACUAACUCAUAGAAUGUACUGUACAUACAUGGUAACAAGAAACCAGUUACCGUAGCAUUUAUCCAUGUACUCCAAAACUGUAUGGAGUACGUCAAUGCAUAUUUCCACCACUAGAAGGACACUGGGUCUCAGAAAAGAAUGUAAAACAUGUCUAGCACCAGCAGCAUUAUCAUUAUCAAGCAAAGUAUUAUUACCAUUCUAUCAUGGCUGCAGCUGAAGAGUCAGUCACUUACAAGAGACAAGGAAAGGAAACAUCAAGACUAUUUAGAGGCAGCAAAAAUGUGUCCUUGUUUCAUAUGAAUGUGUCCAUCUAUGUCUGGCCGUUAUCUCUCUCAAGAAGACUUGGAGCAAUCGUUUUGUGCGCAAAUUCUUGAUUUUCAUUUAUCCAUGUGUGUUUAGUACGUUUAGAUGUUGUUUGAUUCAUAUGUACAGUGCCUUUAGAGUCUGCACCUCCUGGAUUUUUUUCCCAUGUUCUUUUGCGUUUCAAAGUGGGAUAGAAAUAUAUAUAUUUUUUUUAUAAUUCAUCUACACAAAAUACUCCCUAAUGUCAAAGUGAAAAGAAAAUUCUACACGUUUUUACAAAUGAAUAACAAUUAAAUGACUAAAUGACUAAACAAUUAAAUGAUUAAAUGAUCUGGGAGAAUCUAAAAAAGUUA